GGAUCAGUCGGUUUUCGCUUCCCCUGGUCAGUGAGAGGAGAGGAAAUGGAGAGUCAGCGGAGAGGAAGAGGAGGAGGCGGAAGAGGUAGAGGAGGUAGAAGAGGAGGAGCAGGUGGAGAAGGGGGAGGAGGAGGUAGAAGAGGAGGAGCAGGUGGAGAAGGGAGAGGUACAGGGGGAGGAGGAAGAGGUGGAGAAUUCUAUCGCGGCAGAGGAGGAGGUAAUGGAGAAUUCAAUGGUGGAAGAGGAGGAGGAAACUCCAGCAGCGAAGGCUCGUGGGGAAGAAGAGGCUGGGAAUUCGUUGAAGGAAGGAGAGAAGCAGGUGGAAACUUCGAUGGUGGACGAGGAGGUGGAAACUCCAGCAGCGAAGGCUCGUGGGGAAGAAGAGGCUGGGAAUUCGUUGAAGGAAGGAGAGAAGCAGGUGGAAACUUCGAUGGUGGACGAGGAGGUGGAAACUCCAGCAGCGAAGGCUCGUGGGGAAGAAGAGGCUGGGAAUUCGUUGAAGGAAGGAGAGAAGCAGGUGGAAACUUCGAUGGUGGACGAGGAGGUGGAAUGAGAGGGGGGUUCAGCAGAGGAGGGGCCUUGGGAAGAGGAGGUGGUGGGAAUUUCGUUGGUGGAAGCUCCGGCGGUGGAGAUGCUUGGGGAAGAGGAGGUGGUGAAAAAGGAGGAGGUGCUGGAGGCUCCGGUGCUGGAGGCUCCAGUGCUGGAGGUGCAGCAUCAAUAAAAGGAGGAGGAGGAGGAGGAUGCCCAGUUACUCAGAAGCUCGAGCCACCAACUUCCCAGCUGAGCCUCCUGCGUUUAUCUGGAGAAACUUCCGGAGUUUCAGUCUUGAAACCGGUGGACAGGCCGGAUUCCGGUGGAACUCGCUGUUCCCGAUCCAUACUGCUCCUUGCUAACCACUUCCGCGUGGAAUUCGAUCCCAACCGUAGCAUCUAUCACUAUGAUGUCACGGUAGCAUCUGUGAAGGAGAAUGCAGGAGAAGGAUCAUCGACCGCAGCAUUAGGUACUGGAACUAAUGCCCGGGUAAGCAAAUCCGACACCCGCUUGGUUGUGAAGAGGGUUUUUGCAGACAAUCCACGGUUUUUUUCGGCCCUGCAAGUUGGCUAUGAUGGAGAAAAGAGUAUGUAUAGUCCAAGGCCAUUGCAGGAAGGCUCGUACACGGUGAAGAUAUCAAAAGGCACCGAUCUCCGUGAGUACAAAUGCACCUUAAAAUUUGCAGCCAAGAUCGAUCUCGUUCAUCUCUAUAAGUAUUUGGAGCGGUCGACAACCGCCACGAUUGAGAAUGCAAUCCAAGCACUUGAAGUUGUCAUGAGGGAGUACCCUGCUAAUUGCAGAAUUGCUCGUGGCCGAAACUUUUACUCCGCGGCUGAAGUCACUGAUCUAGGGAGUGGUGUUAAAGCAUUGAACGGUUUCUUUCAGAGCCUCCGGCCGACGGCGCAGGGCUUAGCUCUCAAUGUGGACUUCUCAGUCAUGACUUUUUAUAAGAGCAUUCCAGUGAUUGAUUUCCUUGAUCAGAAUUUGGGCCUGCAACUCAAUAGUGCACCUGUUUGCAUGAAUGGUUAUGAAAUGAGGAAAUGGGAGAAAAUCCUGAAGGGUCUGAAGGUAAGAGUUACUCACAGAAAUACGAACGAGGUGACAUACACCAUAUUCGGUUUAUCGAAGCGGUCAGCUAGGGAGGAAACGUUUGAUCUCUUUGAUGUCAGAGGUAGAUCUUCGAACAAGAACAAUGCCGGGAGCACAACUGCCAGAAAUCCUAAGAAGGCAACAACAAUCGAGAAGUAUUUCUAUGACCAAUACAAGGUGCAAUUAAAAUAUUGGUACCUCCCCUGCUUAAAUUUGAGCAAGAAGUCUGCUACCUAUGUGCCUAUGGAGUUAUGUGUCUUGGCGGAGGGGCAAAGAUUUUCAAUAGAAAAUUUAUCAAAAGAUGCUCUCAAGUGGCUGAGAGGUUUGACAAACAUAAAUCCGAGGGUUAGACUCGAUAGAAUCAUGCAAAUUGUCUCCUCACACGACGGGCCGUGGGGAGGAGAAGUGGCUAAACAAUUUGGCCUAUCAGGCACUGCAAAUCUAACAGAAGUGCAAGGAAGGGUUCUCGAUCCUCCAGAUCUGAAGGCAGGUCAAGAUAAAAGAGUGAAGUUAGAUCAAAACUGCCAGUGGAACCUGUUGCACUAUCAGCUAUAUGAUCCCAAGGCAAUCAGUUGCUGGGCUAUCAUCAGUUUUGUGCCACCCAACAGAUCCAAAAGCACCAAUCAGAUUUCUCAGUUUGCUCAAGCAUUGACUUCGAGAUGCUAUGACAUUGGUAUUAGCAUAGCACAAAAUCCACUGGACCUCCGUUGCGUAGACAUAAAUUGCUUAUCUGACCAGGAUCAACUUCGAAGGCUUCUUAAGGAUAUUGCAGCCAAGUGCAAUAACAAUCUGCAGGUACUAAUUUGUGUCAUAGCCUAUAAGCAUGCGGGCUACAAGGUUCUUAAGCUUAUAAGUGAAACCGAGGUCGGUAUCAUGACCCAGUGUUGUCUUGGGAACAACAUUGAGAGGCCAAACUCACAGUACCUUGCUAACCUUGCUCUCAAGAUCAAUGCAAAAGUUGGUGGUAGCAAUGUGGCCCUCACCAGUACUCCAAAGGCACAGUGUCUUAGCAAGGACAUGCAUGUCAUGUUCAUGGGUGCUGAUGUGAACCAUCCGAGCCCACGGGACAAGGUCAGCCCUUCCAUUGCUGCUGUUGUGGCCACCAUGAAUUGGCCUGCCGCUAACAUUUACGAGGCCACGAUUAGGUCUCAGGACAACCGUAAGGAAAAGAUUGUGAAUCUUGGUGAUAUGUGCAUAGAGCUUGCACAGAUGUAUCACGAGAGAAACAGAAAAUAUGCAGAAAAGGUUGUCUUUUUCCGGGAUGGUGUUAGUGAAGGGCAAUUCAACAUGGUGCUCAAUGAGGAGUUGGAUGUGAUCAAGGAGGCUUUUGCAAGUAUUAGCUAUAAUCCAUCUAUAACGCUAAUUGUUGCCCAGAAACGGCACCGCACACGACUUUUUCCUGCAGAUCGUCGGGAUGCGACAAAGCAAGGCAAUGUGCCUCCAGGGACCAUAGUUGAUACAAAGAUUGUUCAUGUGAAGGAGUUUGAUUUCUUUCUCUGCAGUCACUAUGGACUGUUGGGGACAAGCAAGCCUACACAUUACCACGUCUUGUUGGAUGAAAAUGUGUUCUCAUCUGAUGAAUUGCAGACACUGGUGUACAAUCUGUGCUUCACGUUUGCCAGGUGCACCAAGCCAGUAUCUUUGGUACCACCAGUAUAUUAUGCAGACCUGGUGGCAUACAGAGGGCGCUUAUACUAUGAUGGGUGGUUGGAAGCACAUUCUUCCUCCUCCUCAUCAUCAUCAUCUUCACCUUUUGGAUUUGACCAUGAAAUGUUCCCCAAGCUACACCGCAACAUAAAACAUAACAUGUUCUUUGGAUGAUAAAAAGAAGUGGUUUUUGAAGUUGUUCCUUUGCAGCUGAUGAUGACUCUUUAUGGUUGUCACUACGAAAUAGUCUUCAUGUUAUGCAUUCAAUAUAGAUGGCGUGAAAUUUGUGAAAAAUUGUGCAGGUCAGUGUUACUUAUGAUUAUAGAUUAAGAUGAGAAUUCUGUGUAUAAUUUUCUAUGAAGCAAGGUGCUGUAAGCAGUUAACGUUUGUAGUGUGUCUAUCUGUUGGUACUAGAGAGAUUAAGGCUAAUCGAAUGCAAGCUUUGGUGGGCUCAGUUCAACUUUA